AUGGCUGAUUCUUUGGGGCCACCAUUACUGAAUGAUAAUUUGCUGGCCUCAAUAAAUGGACCUAAGCGACAUGCGGCCUGUGAUGAAUGCAGAAAGCGAAAGCUCAAGUGCUCGGGUGAAUUGGCAGGGUGCACUCGCUGUUUGAAACAGUCUAUCAUAUGUCACUACUCAGUGCAGAAGCAAAUGGGCCGUCCACCCAAGAAAAGAUCCCGCGAAGACGACGAUGCGCCCGACUUCUCUAGGCAUCCCAACGUCUGGCCUAGCCCAGAGGUGACCCCGCCGAACUAUUCCCAAGACGAAAAGCCCACGGUACCAGAUAUGGCGGCGCAGCUAUGUCCACAAGUCUACUGGCAAGGGCUACACGCUACGCAGCCAUCGAAUGAUAUACCUAAAGACGAAAACCAUCAAAAUUGGCGAGCAGAAAGGCCCAAAAAUCCAAAUCUCCCUAUUCCACCGUCCGAAAGUCCCUGGCCAGAUUAUUCGACAGUCACAGAAGCCACAUCUAGCCUAUACCCAGCCCAUAUAACUCUUCAAGACAACAUAGAUGCCCUUCCUCUCACGCCACCCGUCUCCAAUGCCUCCGAAUCCCCGCCCCAAUGCACCUGCUUGUCAUAUCUUUACCUCUGCCUCAGUCAUAUCUCCUCCCUUGCCUCUUUCCCCGUCAACUCUCACACUCUCUGCUCUCUCUAUAUCGCCGCGCGAACAGCGCAGAGCGUUAUCCGUUGCGAAGCUUGUCCGAAGGUCUUCGCCACUGGCGUCCAAAAUGUCAUGUUCACCGGUACCCUUCUGACUGUCGUCGCGGAUGCCUGGUUACGUGUAUAUCACAGCGAUGCGUCCCAACUAGGACCUCAAUCAGCAUCACCCGAGUAUGUGUCGCGCGUGCUACAAAGUGAAGAUCCAGCGCAAUCUUGGAACAUCUGGCUCCGUCAGAUCGUCUGCCGCGCUGUUAUCGGCGGAAGCCUUGAAGCCGACGCCGUCGCGAGGUGCUCUGAUCAACCGAGUUUGUUAUCGCUCAUUACAGAGGUCGAAGCUCGUCAACGCCGAUGGCAUGAACCGGGUCAACAUCCGUUCAAUGGGUUCGAUCCCAUGGAUCCUGAAUCAUCUUGUGAUCCACUUGUGUCCCAAGAGAAUGGGAAUCACGAUCAGCAUGAAGAAAAAGAACUUCUAUGUCUGAGGGUUGUUGGGAGUGCGCGAGCUGUCAUUGCCAAGUUCAACUUUGAUCCAUCUGAGUUUCCCGAUGGUUUUGCCCCUGAGAAUUUGACGCCUGAAUCGAUUUGA